AUGAAGGUUGUAUCAGCUCCAAAAACAGUAUGGAAAACCUAUGAUCAAAAAAACAAAGAUGAAAAACGCGAAUUAUCGCCUAGCUUAUGGAUUUAUAGACCUCAAGUUACAUCAUCCCUAUCAAUUAUUUUACGCAUCAGCGGCAUUGCCCUCGGCUUUUCAUUUUGGGGUCUGGGUCUAUUUUCUUUAAUUUCUGACCAUCAGGCCGAGGAACUUGUACAAUACGCUGAGGAUUUAAAUUGGCCUGGAUGGUUUUGGGCUACAGCCCGUUGGUUUGUAGCUUUUCCGUUCGCUUAUCAUUACUGUAAUGGCAUUCGCCACAUGUGUUUUAUGGCUGGAAGUUUUUUGGAUAUCGGACAGAUCUAUGCAACCGGAUAUAUGGUAUUUAUAAUAGCCACAGUAUUAACUGUAUAUUUGGCUAUGUACAAUGAAAUUGAAGACUUUAAAGUAAAGCACAGGGAGGAGUAA